AUGUCCUCUAAUGCACAAACUGGGGCCUUAACGGACUCGUCCGGCACCCUGUCUGGAAGCCAAUUGACGAAGCAGCUCCAACAGAAGAUGACCGGAUUGAAGGAGACAACAGGACCUGAGACUCCAGCUGCAAGUCGGUCCCCAACGAAAGCCCGCUCUCUUUCCGAGGCACCUUCAAGAACCCCCUCCUCCGUCUCACCGAACCCUUCGAGCAUCCAACGAACUAAAGAUGAUAUAGCGGUUACCGCAGCUCCUGCAACACCCCACAGACCCGAUCGCCUUACACAUGGACUAUCACUGCAAAUGCCCUCGAGAAUGUUUGGUAGCCCUAUCGCAGCAGGGAAUCGAGUCCCUCUCUCCCCGAAGCUGGAUUCUUCGCACAUAUAUGGCUCACCCGCCUCAGUAUUACCGCGGCGAUCCAGGGGAUUGGACUUUUCACGCGCAUGCACGAAUUUACAUCAUUCUACCUUGGCUGAAUCGUCGCCAGACUCCUCCCCGGUCGUUCUUGGUCGUGGAGUAGCUAUACCCAAUCGCCGGAGUAAUACCAACUCGGCGGGAAUGGGUUCUCCGGGCAUGCCCGGGGGCAGCACCUGGCAAUCCAUUGGUAACAGUGAUCGAGCUGUGAUAUCCAGCUCCGUGAGCAGUGUCAACAUGUUCGAAUCCGAUACCACUAGUAGUAGCGACGGGGAUGAGGACGACUCCAUGCAUAUAAUCGAUAGGGAAGAUCCGAUCCUAAUGACCCCACAUCUUGCUCGACCGGGAAAUGCGUUCUCGACACCAUUUUCUCCAAGCACAGCUCAAAGCCCCGGCGGUGAUUGGAUGAGUGGGCUUUCUGCUGCUAAAGCCAGCCUCAUGAGUUUUCAACGUGCCCGACUGCGUGGUGCUAGGAGUAGACACAGCUCAAGUAGCACCAGCGGUAAUAGCUCGAAGCCCAGCCCUGGACCCAUAUCACCACCCGUUUUUAAAAGUAUCGAGAGCGCCGCCACUGGCUAUUUCCCCAGAGAAAUGUCCAUGAGCGAAGUCAAAUCACGGCGGGAAAGCCUAAGUCUAGGCACGAGUGACCUACAUUUGUCAGACAUGAGCGAUGAUGACAAUCGACUAGCUCGGUUUGGUAGCCCGUCCAGCAGCGCUCCCUUACCGGGGACAACAAAUAUCGAAAGCGGGCCUCACGGUGUAAUUCGACGUCCUGUAACGAGGAGAGGAAAUUUACUGCCUAAAACGAAGAACUUCGCCCGGAUCCGGGCGGCACUGCUUGAAGAAGUAGCCCCGAUUGAUUUCGAGUGUCAGCGGGAGGCUGAAGUCAUUCGGCAGGUUCGCGAGAGCGAAGGCGGUGAAUUACCCCCGCUCUCACCUUCCUUAACAUCCCCUCUAGACUCGUCGGAUUCCAUUAAUCCGAAUGAUGCAAGGGACAUUGUCACCACCGGGCUCACGGGAGAAGGGUCGUCAUCAAGCAUUUUCACCAGCCAUCCAUCCAGUGGUAUAGGCCGUUUAAGUGCCUUUAAUAACCGAUAUCAAACUCCACCUCCGCCGACAACCCAACCCACUGGCCCCUUCACUUCCACCUCUACCUCCGAUACAACGAUGCAAACACCCCCAUCUGCAUCCCCGGGCGUCUUGGCAAACCAACACACCAGUAACAACGCCCCGCAACCUUCCGCCGCUGCCGGCCCUUCGCGCAUCGAAGCGGAAGCGUCCCGCACAAACAAAAAACGUAGACACGAUGAGAUGAUUGAUAUGAACGCGUUCAAGCGGCGGGCAGUUUCGCCAGGGAUGUAUGUGCAGAAUUGCCCCGUCACGGCCUCUCAGCCUUCCUCAUCGGGAUCUUCUGCUUCGUAUUUGAGCAAGAAACUUAGCAAGGAACUUAGCAGUCGAGCAGAAGGUGACGCUCAGACGCAGCUGCAGUCGAAAAAUCCCCUUACUUCGACAUCGACACCGACAACUGGAAAGACUGGGAGGGUGACGGAGGGUAGUACUAUGAAGAGGGUUGGGAUGCAGGGGAUGAAAGAGACAAAUGACGGGUUGAUGAAUAUGAGUAUUGAUUGAUCUGCGGUCUCCAGGUGUUGAGAUUCUAUUCUUCUGUGUCGUUACGAUUCUCUUUUCAUCUCAUUUUCUUUUAUUUACUUCAUAUGCGUAUUUAGCGGAGGCGCUCUCGGGAUAUUUUUUUUUCCUUGUGGCCUACUUUCUAUUAUGUAGCAUUCUUGUUGUUCAACAUAUUUAGCUUCUGGGUUU